CACUGCAACAGUUCAUACUGCGAACCUCAACUUUAUAGUAUACAUUCUUUGUAUCGAGAGUCCUCAAUUCACUAACGUAGAAUGGCCAUUCUUACCAUUCUCAUUCUCAUGACCAAACUAUUUUUUUUCUUCUCCAAAUUUUCAGCCGCAACAGAUACCAUUACACAGUCAGAGUCACUCGAAGAAAACACGACCUUGGUUUCAAACGACGAAACCUUCGAGUUGGGUUUCUUCACCCCAGGUAGUAGUUCCCAAAACCGCUACCUAGGAAUAUGGUACAAAAACAUACCAGGAAGAACCGUGGUUUGGGUUGCCAACCGCGAAACUCCAAUCAAAGACAACUCCACCAAGUUAACCAUAACCAAGCAGGGCAACCUCGUACUUGUCACCCAAAACGGCACCGUUAUAUGGUCAACAAACGCAACGACAAAAGCGAUCGGUGUCGUGGCACAGUUGUUGGACUCGGGAAACUUGGUCCUACGAGAUGAGAAAGACACGAACCCUGAAAACUAUUUGUGGCAGAGCUUUGACCACCCUUCAGACACGUUUCUACCGGGAAUGAAAAUGGGAUGGGACUUUAAACGAGGGCUCCAUCGUGGCCUCACCGCAUGGAAAAACUGGGAUGACCCUUCUCCAGGGGACUUCACUGGGACAAUUUUGCACACCAAUAACCCUGAAGAGACUAUGUGGAAGGGCACAAUAGAAAUCUACCGAAUUGGUCCAUUUGAUGGCACAAAAUUCAGCGGUAACCCAUCUUUGCCAUCCAACUCAGUAGUAAACUACACGUUUGUGUCCAACGAGGAUGAGCUUUACUUAACAUAUAGCAUGAACGAUAAGUCAGUGAUUUCAAGAAUUGUGUUGAAUCAAUCACUUUAUGUUCGCCAGCGUUUGACUUGGAAUAAAGAUAGUCAAAACUGGAUGGUGUCUUCAAAGUUGCCGAGUGAUUUAUGCGACAACUAUAAUAUUUGUGGCGCGUUUGGGAUUUGUGACGUUGGUCAGGCACCGGUGUGUAGUUGUUUAGAUGGGUUUAAGCCAAAGUCGCUGCAGAAUUGGACCCAAAUGAAUUGGUAUCAAGGUUGCGUGCACGAACAAACUUGGAGGUGUAGGGAAAAGAACAUGGAUGGGUUUCAAAAGUUUAGUAACAUUAAGGCACCAGAUACUAAAAGAUCUUGGGUUAAUGCAAGUAUGACACUUGAGGAAUGUAGGGUGACAUGUUGGAAAAAUUGUUCGUGUAUGGCUUAUGCAAAUUCAGACAUAAGGGGAGAAGGAAGUGGAUGUGCUAUUUGGUUCGAUGAUUUGUUGGAUAUAAGACUGAUUCCAAAUGCUGGACAAGAUCUGUAUAUUAGAUUGCCAGUGUCUGAAACAGCUCAAGAAAAUGAAGACAAUUCAAAGAAAAAGGUGGUUGUGAUCGCAAGCAUCAUUUCCUCCGUCAUUGCAAUGCUACUAAUUUUCAUACUCAUUUAUUUGAGCAAAAAAACAAAAUUUAGAGUGAUGAUCACCAAGAUCAAAGCAAAUAAUAAUGCAAGCCAACAAGAAGACUUUGAACUACCUUUGUUUCACUUUGCCUCAAUAGCACAUGCCACAAAUCACUUCUCAAGUGACAAUAAGUUGGGCGAAGGGGGUUUUGGGCCUGUAUACAAAGGAACAUUGUUGGAUGGACAAAUGGUUGCUGUUAAGAGACUUUCACAAACAUCUGGACAAGGAUUAAAUGAAUUUAAGAAUGAGGUUAUGUUAUGUGCAAAACUUCAACAUCGAAAUCUUGUUAAAGUUCUUGGGUGUUGCAUUCAAGAAAAUGAGAAAUUGCUCAUAUACGAAUAUAUGGCCAACAAAAGCUUAGACUUCUUUCUUUUUGAUUCUAGUCGAAGUAAAUUUCUUGACUGGCCUAAGAGAUUUUGCAUCAUAAAUGGAAUUGCUCGGGGACUACUUUAUCUUCAUCAAGACUCAAGACUAAGGAUCAUACAUAGAGAUCUUAAGGCGAGUAAUGUUUUAUUAGAUAGUGAAAUGAAUCCAAAAAUUUCAGAUUUUGGCUUGGCACGAAUGUGUGGAGGUGAUCAAAUUGAAGGGAAAACACGUAGAGUAGUUGGUACAUAUGGUUACAUGGCACCUGAAUAUGCUUUUGAUGGAAUAUUUUCCACCAAAUCAGAUGUGUUUAGCUUUGGUGUAUUAUUGCUAGAGAUAGUAAGUGGCAAGAAAAAUAAUAGACUCUUCUAUCCAAAUGACUACAAUAAUCUUAUUGGACAUGCAUGGAAAAUGUGGAAAGAUGGGAAUCCAACGCAAUUCAUUGACGCUAGUUUGGAGGACUCAUGCAUUCUACAAGAAGCCUUGCGUUGCAUUCAUCUUGGUCUUUUAUGCCUACAACAUCAUCCUAAUGAUAGGCCAAACAUAGCAUCUGUGGUUCUAUUGUUGAGUAACGAGAAUGUGUUGUCUCUACCAAAGGAUCCUACCUACUUAAUCAAAGACAUCUCAACUGAAAGAGAAUUUUCUUCAGAGAACUUUACAUCCUCUUCUAUUAAUGAUGUCACUGUCUCAGUGUUGAGUAGAUAGACAAAAUUACUUUACUUACUGACAUAUUACUUGUUAAUGAUGUCAUUAUCUCAACAACUUUUUUUAACAUAAGUUAAUCACCAAUAUUACACUUUGACCUAAUAAGACAUUUGUUAGAGUCAUUUGUGUUUCAGAUGGACCUAAUUGGACAUUGGACCAUCAUUAGUGUAAAACUUCAAUUUAAUUAGGCCUUGAUUUGGUUAGGGCUUUCAAUCAUUAUUGAAUUGUUUUCUACCAAAAAACAUUGGAAGUUAUUAUUAUUGUUGUUCAUAUUUACAUUUUUAAUUAU